GGGCGGGAAGAGGAGACGGGAGGUGGGUCGGACUGGCUGGCUUGGGAGGAAGUGGGGAGGGGGCUGCCGGCCUUGAGCAUGAUGGGCUAACUCGGGAGGGCGCCCCAGAUUGUGGAGGACCAGCAGCAUCAGCAGCAGCAGCUCUUUCUGCACGGCCUGCUCACAGCUGUCCACGAUGCCACUUGGGAAAGGCUGGAAGAAAAAGGUUGAGGAUAUUACCAGCGUCUAUGAUGUCAAAGAGAAGCUGGGCGCAGGGGCCUUUUCAGAGGUAGUCCUGGCCCAAGAGCGUGGAUCUCAGCGCCUGGUAGCCCUCAAAUGUAUUCCCAAGAAGGCCCUACGGGGCAAGGAAGCAGCUGUGGAGAAUGAAAUUGCUGUGCUCAAAAAGAUUCAACACGAGAACAUUGUAGCUCUGGAGGACAUUUACGAGAGCCCCAGCCACUUGUACCUGACGAUGCAACUUGUGACAGGAGGAGAGCUGUUUGACCGCAUCAUUGAGCGAGGUUACUACACAGAAAAGGAUGCCAGCCAGCUAAUCCGGCAGGUGUUGGAAGCCGUGAACUACCUGCACGAUUUGGGCAUUGUGCAUCGGGAUCUUAAGCCUGAGAAUCUCCUCUACGCCACUCCAUUUGAGGAUGCCAAAAUUAUGAUUACAGACUUCGGACUGUCCAAGAUUGAGGCCGAUGGGAUCAUGUCCACCGCUUGUGGAACCCCUGGCUAUGUGGCCCCUGAAAUCCUGGAGCAGAAGCCCUAUGGAAAAGCCGUGGACUCCUGGGCCCUUGGCGUCAUCUCCUAUAUCUUGCUUUGUGGUUAUCCCCCCUUUUACGACGAGAACGACUCUGAGCUAUUCAACCAGAUCCUGAAAGCAGAAUAUGAGUUUGAUUCCCCAUACUGGGAUGAUAUCUCUGAGUCUGCCAAGGAUUUUAUCCGACACCUACUUGAACGUGACCCUGAGAAACGAUUCACUUGCGAACAAGCUCUACAGCACCCUUGGAUUUCUGGUGAUACUGCUCUGGACAAAGAUAUUCAUGGCUCUGUGUGUGAACAGAUCCAGAAGAACUUUGCUCGCAGCCAAUGGAAGAGAGCAAUCAAUGCCACGUCCUUCUUGCGCCAUAUCACCAAGCUGGGACCUGGUGCGGAGGGGGAGGAAAUUGGAGAGGCCACGUCUGGAGGACAGAAUGGGAAAUGGUGACCAGAGAGGUGUCCGAAGAGCCUGGGCCGCUGCCCUUUGCAUGAGCUACCCUCCUGCAUGCGGCUUCACAGCCACGACGCUGCGCCAAGCACCUUCGCCCAAGGGUUGAGGGGGUGUCCUUUCAUUUCCUGCUCCCCCUGUCUGGGGAUAACUUUGCCCUGAGGGGCCCAGGAGUUCAAUCGAGUGAACCGCUGUCCAGACUGCUCAUAGCAGGGGUCCAAGUCACCCUGCCUGGGACCAAAAUCCUAUCCUAUCCCCACCCCCACCCCCACCCCAGACUUGGCCGGUGGGUCCAUCGCCAUCCUUCUGUGUGCUCACCUCACUUCCAUCUGUGUCCGCCACAGAGGACAGCCGUGUGCUGGAGAAUUGGGAGCAGGGGCAAGGGGGUGGUGGUGAUGGGGGGGGAGUAAAUACACCCCCCGCUUAUGAAAUAGAUAUCAGAGGCUUCGCCUUUCCUUGAGAGGUACAAAAUGGUAGCUGCAGUCUGGAAAUGGCCUGUGGAAUUGAAGGAGACCAGAACAGAGGAACAGCUGUGUGGGAACAAUGGAAGAGGAGAAGGUUAAGCAGUCAUUUGCAUUGCUAGGAGUAGGCCCGACAGAGUCCAAACCUGAGUUUAAAAAGAUCAGGGUCAAGGUCCAGUCGGCUAGGCAUUUUUUUGGGGGGGGGGCACCUUCUGAUUUAGUCUUCAGAAGAGAAAUGGCUUUGUUGCCAAGCUCCAUCCAUGUGAAGGCAGAGGCAGCAUUUCACGAAUGAAGAAUGAAUGCUGAUUGUGUUUCUACUGCCCUCCAAACGAACAUAUGUUUUUCUGCCCUGGAGUGCACUUUAGAGAUGAGAAAGAUUUCUGCAGGGUGUUUUUUUAAAAGUACAGUCCACUUUGAACCAGGAAGAUGUCACCCAUGAUAAGUACAUAUUGGUUAGUGCUGAUGAAGUCUCACCUCCAUCCUCCAUGCCCUGAAACAGUUUGGCAGUUUUGCAAACAUGUUUUUCUACGUGUAUGAGGUUUCUGUAUUUCUGUUUCUUCGGAUAAGAAGAAAAACAGGGCAUCUAACCACAGAUGUGUAUGCAGUGCUGACAAAACAGGCAAUU